AUGGUCCAUGAAUUCGCUCUCUCUUCUUCUUCGUCUUCUUCGGGAGAUGAUGAACGCGAUACAAUGUCUGGACCUCGAAUCUUUACGCAUAUCGAUGUAUGUUAUGGGCGCACAGCCCUCCGCUCAGCACGCAGAUGGGAGACCUUCGCGAAGCGGGAGUCCUCCACCUACGCUCAGCUGAAAUUCCUGCACAGGUGCCUUGAUGAGGACGUCUUACCGAAAUGCCUCAAAUAUAGACCGCCUGUGAACACUGACCUUUGCCGACGGACGAUGGCAGACUUCAAGAAGAAAAUGAUCAGGGUACUGAUACGAGACUGCCACGCCCGCAUCCACAAGUACCGCCAGAUGAUUGAACAUCAUUCGUCAACUUGCCAGUCGAUCUUUACGGCACACGAGCUGGGGGUCCUCAAAGCGGCAAUUCUCGACAGCGCACGGCGUCACCGCAAGUCGCGUGAUGACCAGUUGUCUGGAAAAUUUGAGAAAAUAAGUCCGCCAAAGCAGCCGUCUACUGACGGUGCCUUGGUUUACAACUUGUCCUCUCAUCGUUUCACUCAGCAACAACUAGCGGUUCUAUCCUAUGACGCGAAGUUCAACACAAGAGAUGCUCGACCAGAAGACUUUAUUGCAUGCUUUGAAUCGGCGCUCCAGAAGUGUGAGGCAGGCGAGGAGUGCAAAAACGCCAUGCGACAACAAGUGUCGACUUUACUCCUCCAGCAUAAACGCCAGAUGACGAUUUCUAGGGCAGAAGAUCGAGAACUUUUGAAAAUACGAAAACUUGAGGAUAUCGUCACUCUACCCACCGACAAGGGGCGCUUGACUAUCGUCAAUGAUAAGUCUGAGCACUGCACAGAACUAGGCAACCUCUUGAUAGAUAAGGAAGCUUAUGAGCUAUCGACUGUCAGCGAGUUCAAAAAGCUCGUAAACAACAUCAACAAGACGAUCGGCAAGCUGAAGAAGGCGGAAGCUCUUACAAGAAGGGAUGCGCUGACCGCAAAAGCCAGUGAUGUCGCAAUGGCGCGCUUCUGCGGUCUACAAAAGGUCCACAAGCCCGGGAUGCCGCUACGCCCCAUCGUCUCCUUACCUUUGGGCUGUCAAAGUGGCUGCGCCCGCGACUUUGUUUCUUUACCAAGAAUUGGGAGUGGACAGUGA